UGCAGCCAGUGGGGAGAACAGGAGAGCCCAGGGAGAGAGCAGCAAAAAGAAGGUACAGCUGGUUGUGUACAGGAGGAAAGAGACUGGCGCUAAGCAAGACAGACUUUAUAUCAUUAUUACUACAAGGUGAAAGGAGUAGACGCAUAACUGAAAAUGCCAAAACCGGUAAAUGUUCGUGUGACCACUAUGGAUGCGGAGCUGGAAUUCGCCAUCCAACCAAGCACCACAGGGAAGCAGCUUUUUGAUCAGGUGAUUAAAACUGUGGGCCUACGUGAGGUUUGGUACUUUGGACUGCAGUGCAUAGACAACAAAGGAUACCUAACUUGGCUGAAACUUGAUAAAAAGGUCUCAGCACAAGAAGUCAAGAAGGAAAACCCUCUGCAGUUUAAAUUCCGUGCCAAGUUUUAUCCUGAAGAUGUUUCUGAGGAACUCAUCCAGGAAAUUACCCAGAAACUAUUUUUUCUGCAAGUAAAAGAAGCUAUUCUGAGUGAUGAGGUAUACUGUCCUCCAGAAACAGCUGUCCUUCUAGCUUCUUAUGCUGUUCAGGCCAAGUUUGGAGACUACAGCAAAGAAACUAUCAAAUCUGGUUACUUGACCUCAGAGCGACUUCUUCCUCAGAGGGUAUUGGAUCAACACAACCUUUCCAGAGACCAGUGGGAAGAAAGGAUUGAGGUGUGGCACUCGGAGCACCGUGGUAUGCUGAAAGAGGAUGCUAUGCUGGAAUAUCUUAAGAUUGCUCAAGAUCUGGAGAUGUAUGGUAUCAAUUACUUUGAAAUUAAAAAUAAGAAGGGGAGUGACCUCUGGCUGGGAGUAGAUGCCCUUGGUUUAAAUAUUUAUGAGCACAAUGACAAACUGACACCAAAGAUUGGUUUCCCCUGGAGUGAAAUAAGGAAUAUUUCUUUCAAUGACAAGAAGUUUGUUAUCAAACCCAUUGACAAGAAAGCACCGGACUUUGUGUUUUAUGCACCUCGUCUUAGAAUCAACAAACGAAUACUUCAACUUUGCAUGGGAAAUCAUGAGCUGUACAUGCGCCGUAGAAAGCCAGACACAAUUGAAGUGCAGCAGAUGAAAGCACAGGCCAAAGAGGAGAAGUUACAGAAACAACUGGAAAGACAACAAUUAGAACAAGAGAAGAAGAAACGGGAAGCUAUUGAGAGAGAGAGGGAGCAGAUGAUAAAAGAAAAAGAGGAACUGAUGUUCAGAUUGCAUGAAUAUGAGGAACAGUCUAAGAGGGCAGAAAGAGAACUAUCAGAGCAGAUCCAAAGAGCCAAGGAAUUGGAGGAAGAGAGAAGACGGGCACAGUAUGAGGCAGAGAGAUUAGAAGCAGAACGUAUUUCUGCUCUCCGUGCCAAGGAAGAACUGGAGAGACAAGCAAUUGCCCAGACAAAAAGCCAAGAACAACUGGCUUCUGAACUAUCAGAAUAUACUGCUAGAAUCUCACUGCUGGAGGAGGCCAGGAGAGUCAAAGAAGAUGAAGCAAGCGAGUGGCAAAUGAGGGCACAAGAAGCCCAAACUGACCUUCUGCGAACCAGAGAAGAACUACACAUGGUGAUGACCACCCCACCACCACCACCACCUCCAGUGUAUGAGCCAUACAGAGUACAUGAGCCAGAUGAUGGACUGGAGCACACAAGUUAUAGUGCUGAGUUGUCCAGUGUUGACUUCCUAGAGGACAACAAAAUGCAGACAAGAAUGACUGAGGCAGAGAAGAAUGAGCGUGUUCAGAGACAGUUAAUGGCUUUGACAAGUGAACUGUCUCAGGCACGAGAUGAGACCAAGAAGACACACAAUGACAUCCUUCACACAGAAAAUGUCAAAUCGGGUCGUGACAAAUACAAGACCCUGAGACAAAUUCGACAGGGCAACACCAAGCAGAGAAUUGAUGAGUUUGAAGCCAUGUAAAUGAUGUUUGUAAAUAGUGGUUAAGGAGGGUAGAACUUGAUAUCUUAAGUUUUUACAGUGUGUUUGUCUGCUCCAUAUUAUUGGCAAAUAUAGUCUUGAAAAUUAAAUUAACUUCUUUCCAAUUUCCUUUCCUGUUUAGACCGCUACCUGUUUAAAAUAUGAUACCAUAAAUCUGUUUCUUUGCAACAUGGGGCCAAAACAGAAUUACAGUUGCCAUAAGCAACCGGGCAAAAUUUUGCACCAUGAUAUUAUCUAAGUCAUUAUUUUAUUAAAAAUUAAAGGCUCAUUUAUAGAAAUAGAAGCACCAUAAUUGAUGUUUGAAGUUGUUGUGCCAAAAGGCCUUUUCUCCAUUUAGUGUGGAGCAGAAUAAAUAAAUAUAUUUUUAAGGAGAUAUGAAAAUUUGCUAUAUUUAGCAGUUAAGUUGCAAAUGCCUUUGUAGACACAAAUGCUGAUGGGACAUACUAGUUUUAUUUGACUUGCGUUGUUCUAUGCCAUGGAUUACACAUGUAUUGAGAAUGAUGUGCCAUACAUUUUUUUUUAUAAAACCUUUCACCACAGCGCAGCAAUUUGUAUGUAUUCCAACAUGGUUAGAUCAAAUAUAUUGGUGUUAAAAGAAAUAAAAUUAAAAUGUGUCAAAGAUGUAGUUCUGUGAGACUUAGCUAAUGUUAACAUUAUGAUUGUUUAGUAACAUUAUCUUUCCAUUAUAUAGUUGUACACAGAUUUACCUUUUUAAACAUAUCUUACUUGUGUCUUUUAUACUACACAAUCCUCUAGAUCCAUAACAAACUGGGAUUGCAACCAGUUUUAAUUAUGUAUGAUCACAUAUAAAAAAUGUAUGCAAAACGGGAUGAUAAUUUCCCAUGUAGAUGAUGCCCCAUCUGACGAUUUUCUCAUGUGGUGCCAAGAAUAUCAACAGGGAAUCUCAUUUCAGUAAAAAAAUCCGCUACAGAAAUACUGCAACUGAGAAUAUGCAACUCUAGCUACUGUUCAAAACUACCCAGAAACCAUUAAAUCUUGGAGAAUGCUGGACAUUAUAGUUUAACUGCAAUUAAUGACGCUUGGACAUUAUUUACAAAGCUUACAAAAUGAUCUAGAAAUUGCAAAUUGUCCUUUAGGUGGUCUUACUUUUGGCAGGAAAUUGCAGUUUUUUGCUUGUAAAGACAAGUAUACCAUUAAGCCACACCAUUCGUGAUAAAAAUCACACAAAUGUGUCAAUAAAGGCUGAUAAAAGUGAAAUAUUGGUGUUGGAUUUGUAUAAUUCUUUUCUACCCUGUUGCAGCUAAUUGUUAUACUUGUCUAGCAAACUUCAUUUACUUUAUUCACUAGUGGUCUAUGGAGCCAGGGAAAAUGAUCCAUUAAAAGAUAUGUAGGCUGCAAUUAACUUUCAUCCAACACUAGUAUAUAUCACACUCUCUUAUGCAAGUAACAUUCCAUUGGUCAAAAUGAAACAAAAAAAAGCAAUCAUCAUGCAUUUUGGGAUCCAUCUUUGAACUGUAAAAUUAGUCAGUCUCUACCCACACUUAACUUUUGGGGAAUUCCAUGGGAUGUUCUAAAGUUACAAUUUAUGUAAAAUUCAUAUGUAUUAUCUAAUCAGGCAUAGAUUAUAGUAUUUAUGUAUAAAUAUUAUAGUGAGAUAUAUCCAUUGUAACAUAUUAAAGAAAGAAUAGUUUGCGUUGUAUAUUUUUUGUUAUUUUUACAAAUAAUACUAUAUAAAGUAAAUUAAUGAAUUACCUACAGUAGACCAGUUUGCUAAAAGAGUAAUUGGUAAAAUAAGAUUUCCUUUAAUGCAUAAUCAGUACAUGUAAUUAUACCUUACUUAUUUGAAAGAAUUGCUAUUAGACUCCAAGAAUGAAGGGAUUUUUAAUUACUUUAUUAAUUAUAAAUUUUUAAUAUGUAAGAUUGUCAUUUGGAGAGAAUUAAUACAGGCAACCUGCCUGUAAGAGAAUACCUAUACUAUAUAUCAGCAGUGCACAAUUUUGGACAAGCUGCUUUAUUGUUGCUGCUUCAUUAUGAAAUAAAACUUUGUUGAAUAAAA